AUGAUCCUGUGCAGGAAGCAUCUCCAUCACUUCCCCUCCGGCUGGAGCUGGGAGAAGCUCCGGGUGGUGGAUGCCGGCUAUGGCCAAGUCGCACUGCACCAGGCGGCAAGCAACCGCUUCGUCAAGAUGAGCCAUCAUGACAUGAUUCGCUCGCCACAUCGCAACUGGAAUCAGCUGCCUGGGGGCUGGGAUUCCGAACGCUUCACGGUCGUCGAUGCGCACGGCCACGGCCGCGUCGCUUUGCACAACCCUUGGAAGAACCGCUUCAUCAAGAUGUGCCACAACGGCGAUGGUUGCCUCAGCCCUCACCGGGACCCGCACUCGCUGCCCCACAAUUGGGGAUCGGAGUUCUUCCACGUGCUCGAGAUCAAGCCUUGCCACACCGGCGGUGGCAGCCACUGCAAAACCUGCCAAAGCCCAUGGCACCGACACGUCGACAACCACUGCGCCACGUGCAAUCCCGGCUACUACAGGCAUGGCCAUGGCUGCAAGGCCUACAGCUGCACGGGCGGAGUUCAUCGCAUCUGCCACGCCUGCGUCGCGCAGCAUCAGCGCAGGCAAAAUGACCACUGCGGAGUCUGUGACGGCGGCCACGUCCUUCGCGGCACACGCUGCCAGUCCUUGAUGCUGGGUGCCACGGUGGCUUUCCACAAUCGCCAUCACCACGGUCGCUUCGUGGCUAUGUGGGCACACGACAUGGUGUGGACAGGCGUCAGGAGCUAUGACAGCCUGCCCAAGGAUUGGACCUACAGCUUCUUCCGGGUCCACUUCGCAGGUGACGCGAAGAUUGGCUUACACAACCCGCGAGAAAACCGGUGGAUCCGGUUGAGGAACAACCACGACAUGGACGGCGCACCCCACAGGGGAAGCUGGGAGACCUUCACGGCCGUGGACGCCGGAGGGUGGGAGGUGGCCCUGCACUGCGCUGCCCACAACAAGUACAUGCGGAUGCCGAACAAGCGCGAGAUGGAUACCAGCUCUCAUCGCAACGCCUGGGACCUGCCGGGUGGCUGGGGCUGGGAGCGCUUCCGGCCAGUCUCGGCUCUUCUCCGGCACGGCACCAUUGUGGCGCUGUGGAACGAAGUCCACCACCGCUUCAUGCGCAUGAAUGCCCACAACGGCCACAUGGACGGCUCCCCGUCGAAGCACUUGCACCACUAUCCCGCCCAUGGGUGGGCGUGGGAGCCCUUCCGGGUGGUGGACGCUGGUUUCGGACAAGUCGCCCUUCACAACGCGGGAAGCAACCGUUUCAUCAAAAUGGCUCACGACAUGAUUCGUUCACCGACUCGCAACUGGAACGAGCUGCCUGGCGGCUGGGGCUCCGAGCGCUUUACCGUCGUCGAUGCAG